AUGCAAAAAGCUUGGGAAUGUUUUAGUAAACGUGCGGAACUUGACAACCUGAGCGCUAUUUAUUGGAAAGGUGUUUAUGUAUUGGAUAUUGAAAAGAAUGAAAAGUUAGCUAAUCAAUUAUUUCAAGAUGCUGCUGACCGGGGCCAUGCGAAAGCACAA